UGAAGCAUCGGGACGAAAGUGUACGCGCAUCUGAUUUAUUACGAGUGUGAUAUCGAGAUCGAAAGUGAAUUCAUAUUCUGAGCAACAUAAGUGUCUAUUGGAGUACGGUGAUGCUCCGAUCUGUCAAGUGAUGAAUAAUAUUCACCAACAAAACUCUGACUCGAAUUGAUUGAUAAUGAUUCUUUAGUACUUUCUCAUCUGUUUGUAAGUGACAAAAGUGCCAUGUAUGCUGUGGAAGUGAUAAAAUGAUACCAACAUGUAUCAGGGCGCCUCGGUCUAUCCAAGGCUCUACGGAUGACGUCACGCGGCAGACCCGUUCCAUUGUGCAGAUUUACACGGAUUGGGCGAACCAUUAUCUGGAGCGGGCGAGGUCCCGACGCCGAGCCGGGACUUCCGGGGGUGGCUUGGCCCGGGACUGUGCGGAUGGCCUGCUUCUUGCCGACGUCCUGGAAGGAGUCACUGGACAAAAAGUGCCGCGAGCUCAUCGGAAGCCGCGGAAUCCUCAGCAAAUGUUGGAGAACGUGCAGUGUUGUUUGGAUUUUCUCCAUGCGCACAAAGUCCAAGGAUUAGAGCAAGUAACAGCUGUGGACAUACGAGAUGCAAAACUAAAAGCUGUCCUAGCGCUGUUUUUCGCGCUUAGCAGACAUAAGCAAGCGUCGAAACAGAGAAUAGCGCCACCUAGUGGUAAUGCUGUAAAUGCAGCUAAAAGCUCCAACGAAGAUGUUUCGUCGGGCUCAGUUCAACGAAUAGCAGGGGGCAGCAGUAUCGCAGGCGAUGAAGUAUUGUCAGCUUGUGGAAAUAAAAUCGAAAUGACAACCUUGGCAGCCAAUAGACAAGUGUCGGUGCUGCAGACAUCGAUACCCCUGCCAGCAUCUGCCGCAGCCGUGAGGAGAGCUCCACCAGACAAACGUCCACUACCAGCUACACCAAGUCAUGGCGGGAAAAGUGGUAUUUCUGCUAGUUCCAGUAGAUCAACAAGCCCACUUGGACAAGGUGCUGUUAGUUUUAUACCACGAGCACCAAACUCAACGUCAGGAUCAAGACCUAAUUCAUCUAUAUUAGCCCCUGGUAGUAAAAUUCCUUCAUCGUUAUCGACGCAAUCCCAACAACAUUCCCAAAAUGUACAAAGUCAUAAUGGAACACCGACUAAGCAAUCUAUGCUGGAUAAAUUAAAAUUGUUUAAUAAGGAAAAAGCUACUGAAAAGCAAAACAGUAAAAGUACAGCGGUUUCAAAACGAACUAGUUCAUCAAGUGGAUUUUCAUCAGCAAAAAGUGAGAGAUCAGAUUCUAGUUUAAGUUUAAAUGAAUCUUCAAAUGUGCCACAUACUAAAUCAAAUUUAAUAGGUCCAAAGAAUUUAAGGCAACAAAAUGAUACAUUGACUAAGGAUAAAUCAUUAAAAAAUGUAAAAUCCAAACUAGUUAGUUCAAAAGUCAUGAAAGAAUCAACGACAAAUUUAAAUAAAUCUGGUGCUAAAGCAAAUCAUUAUGAUCGGUCGAAAAAUAGUCCGAAACUGCCCUCACGUGAUAGAGAAUCUAAACUUACAGCACCUAAAUCUGUUAGUAACACUAAAUUAAACUUAAUAGAUGAUAAUACGUGUAAAGCAGGCAACAAACUAAAGCUGGAAACAAAAAUGCACAAAUUAUCAGGUAGCCAAGCUAAACUAAAUGAUGUCAGAAACGAUGUGGUAACAGAGACUAAAUGCAAUGAAAACUCACAAAUUAGUGCAAAGUCAACAAAUAAUAAUACACAGUCAUCUCCUACAGGAGGACAAAAUGUAUCAUUACAAAAUAGUACAGGUAUUCCUAAGCCAACUGCUGCAGUAAAAGGCACCUCGAAAAUUUCCAAAGACGAAAGGCUUUUACAUAAAAGUACGAGUAGUCAGUUGAGUCCUAUUCAGAGUAAUUCUAGUUUAAAUUCAACUAACAAUGUAAGUCCCAGUCCAUUUGUAAGAGAACAUUCUAAUUUAAACAAAGAAACGAUGCAAAAGCAAACAUUGGCAGUUUCUCCAAUGCCUGCGGUUACCAAUUUCUGUCAAAAUCUUACAUCGCAGAUGACUGAAAGUUCGCAUUCAAAUUCUACCGGUCAGCAUUCCAAUUCCAGUGACGGAAGCGUUAUUUACAAACCAUCCAGCGAGUCCGGUUCUGAAAUAUCAAGAAACCAUGUUACUUCUCCUAAAAAAGAUAUGAAUUCUACCUAUAUAAAUAACGUAAUUAAUGAGGCAGAACUGUCAGAAAAAGAAGCUGCACUGAACAGGAGUAAUACCAGCCCUGCAGUUAAACAGGCACUUGACCUAAAUAGAACUCUAGUCGAAGGAGACCGACGUGAUAGUCGAUCAAGUACACCGUCACAUUGCCGAGAUAAUUCCCUAGGUGAAGAUGAUCCUAUGAUGAAUGUUAUGCCGAUGAGACCACUACUUAGAGGUUACAAUAGUCAUCUAACAUUGCCAAUGCGAACAUCGGGCUUAACUCAGAAGAACAAUUCUGGAUACCCUCAUCAUGCAAAUACUGUGAAAGCUAAUUUCGGUCGAGAAAAUAUAGCGAUACGUGAACGAUUGAACUUUUCACCUGGAUUUUCGAAUCCAGACUACUGUGAUUUAGACAUAGCAUCAGGUUACAUGUCUGACGGAGACUGUUUACGGAGAAUUAAUAUCAGUGAAGUUGAUACCAGACGAAAUAAUGAUAUGAUGGACGGAUAUAUGUCAGAGGGUGGAGCGUCGCUCUACGGUCGACGAAUGAACUAUCAACAAACUUCGCAGUUCCAGGUGGAUGAAAGGUAA